AUGAGUGCCCUGCGGCUCACGGGCUGUGCGUUUCCAGUGCCGGGCCCGCAGGGGACCGUCAACCUUGGCACCUUCGUGUCAUCUUUCACAGUGAUGCCGUCAGCCCCUCCCGUCCUCGGCCCGCCACACUGGGCCCCCUGGCAGCAGCACCCACCGAACAUCCUGGGCCCAGUGUUGCCCCCAGGAAGCACCCUGGUGCUGCCGACUCUUCCCAGCACGCCGUUGGUGGCAGCACAGGCCAGCUGUGGCCCAGGCUGGCCCGGGGCCUGCAACGUCACUGUGCACUUCCUGGCGGCCUCGGGAGUGAAGACCAUCCUGCCCGCCCCUCCUGCCUGGAGCACCCAGGCUAGCGAUGAAGGCUGGUCCCUGCACCGUCCACCUCGAGCUGCAGUGCCAGCUGCCCAGCUGGCCUCUGGCGGGCUCCCAGCAUUGGCCAGUCCUUGUCCACCUGGGGCCGCUAGGAACAGCGGCCCGGCCUGCUCGCAGCCCACCGCCUCGCCCGGGAACGCCUGCCACCGCACCAGCGUGAACGAAAAGUUCCGGCGCUGGCAGCACUGCAAGCCCCUGGCCCGCAGGCACCUGCCCCAGAGUCCCGAUGCGGAGGCACUGUCCUGCUUCCUCAUCCCAGUGCUUCGGACCCUGGCCCGCCGGAACCCCACCAUGACCCGGGAGGAGGUCCUGCAGCGGGGCGUGCAGAAGUGGCAUUGUCUAAGCAAGUCAGAGCGCAGCAUCUACUAUGUGAUGGCGGGAAGGUUCAUGGAGUUCGAGGCCGAGGAGGCGAGGCAAUGUCAGAACGCACAGUGGAUGAAGGCGGCGCAGGGCGUGCCUCAUCCAGCACCCCUCAGGCCUGUUCCUCGGGCGCCCUCAGCCCCAGAGCGGGGCCAGAAGCGAGCACGCAUCCGCGAGAAGGCCAGCGCCGGGGCCCAGUCCGCCAACGCCCAGCCACCGCGAUGCCGGCAGAGCCCGCACACCGAGGCGCCGACGGAGAUCCCCCUCGAGGCCGUGGCAGAGGGCCUGGAGAUCAUGGAGGGGCUGCUGGGGCCCAGCGGCCCAACUCAGGGGCUGCCCGGUGAAGAACGUGGGGAGGAUAGCUCCAAGCCGCCACAGGGAGAGGAGGGCGUCUAUCCAGACGCGGGUCUCCUGACCUACAUCAAUGAGCUUUGUGCCCAGGGAGACUUUCUCAACAAGGCGGACGCAGUUCUGCACCCACGCUUCCUGGCGGAGUUGCCCUGCCCGGAAGCCCAGCUGGAUCUCUUGGCCCUCGCUGAGGAGCUGGAGCAGGAGGAAGGACUGUCUUUGGCACAGCUGGAGCAGAAGCGACUCCUGGAACUGAAGCAGGAGGAGGGUGUGCAGGCCCCCGCGAGUCACGGCACACCCCGACUGGACUCAAGGCCUUCUGGGUCUGAGGCCGGCCAGGAUCCCCAGAGGCACGGCCACGGCCCCCAGCUAGGGGCCAGCGACCAAGCCUGCCCACCAGAGUCUGGUUGCGGGCAGCGCCAGGCGCACAGCCGAGGAGACGCUGGCGUGUGGAGGCCCGAAGCCUUCGCUGCCUCUCCAGGACGCCAGGAGCCCCCUCCCCUGAAGGCUGGCUGGCGGCCCCAUGCCCCCCAGGCUCGGUGCCGCACUUCGCCCAGCCUGGGGCCCAGGCUCGCCACUGCUCCGGGAGAGACCUGUCCUGCUCGGGAGCCCCUGGGGCCCACGGGCAGGCCCAGUGAGGGCGAGGAGGAGCUCCCCAGCCUGGCCUUCCUCCUGGCAUCUCAGCACACACUGCCAUCCUGGGGACUGCCCCAGAGUCCUACUCCAGGCUCAGACCUCCUCCGCCCUGGAGUACCCCAGGCCCGCUCUCCCCAGAAGCCGGGCCUCAGCCCCGCUGGCCCUCCAGCUGGCAAGGCCAGCAGUCGGGCCCCGUGUGCAGGCCCAGCCCCUGCUGGGAAGACACCCCUGCCAGGGGCCAGCCUCGGGGUCGCUGGGGGACCAGCCUUGGCUCUGGGGCUGGGCUGCCCCUCACAGCCCCGGAAGAGAAGGGGGGACCCUUUUGGCACAGGGAAGGGUAGGAAGCGGCCCUGCAGCCAGUAG